GAGGAUGACAACAUACCCUGGAAGCCAAAUACCCAGAGGAGCUGCAUGGGAAAAGGAGGAAACUGAGGCAAAGAGGAGAUGAAGACCUCGACUCACCCCACUCCCAGGCCACUAGCACUUGGUGCAAAGGAAGGGAGACACAGGACCCAGGGACGUUGAAUUCCUGGAGCUGGAGUCUGGCCCCACCUCUAGCAACAGCUGCCACCAGGCCUGGCCAGUCGCCGGAUAAGAAAUCCAAACAGCAGUCCCAGACUCAGCAGAUUAGAGACAGCUGCGACACCGGUGACUGCUUUUGCCAACUGAUCUUUAUCAGGGUCUCGGGUUGUGUUGACAGUGAAGAAGGGUCCAGGCAGCUCGGACAGGAGUCCGAUGCUCACGAUCACGAAGGCAGCAAGGAUGGAGGCGGCAGACACCUAAAACUGCAGGCCUGCAGGUUGUGGCAGCUUGGCCGACACCGGAGGACAUGGCCAGAGACCAGGACAACACACUGAGAUGGGCAACCCUCGUGGUGCUGGCCACCGUGGGCACAGCCCUGACUGUGACCAUCAACCCUGGCUUCGUGAUCAGGAUCUCCCAGAAGGGUCUGGACUACGUCUGCCAGCAGGAGAUACCUGUGCUGCAGAAGAGGCUGGAGAACAUCAAACUGCCCAACAUCUCGGGAAGCUUCAAGAUGAAGUUUUUGGGGAACGGAUAUUUCAGCUUCUACAGGAUGAAUGUCCUCAAUUUCCAGCUUCCCAGUCACCAGAUAAGACUGCAGCCCAACGUGGGCCUUCAACUCUCCAUCAGCAAUGCCCAUGUCAUUAUCAGUGGAAAAUGGGAUGCCAAAAAGAAUUUCUUCAAAGCCAGUGGCGACUUUGUCCUGAGGGUAGAAGGCAUCUCCAUCUCGGCUGAUCUGAAGCUGGACAGCAACCCUGCCUCCGGCCGCGUCACCAUUGCCUGCUCCACAUGCAGCAAUUCCAUCAGCAAGGUCCGCCUGCACAUCUCCAACAGCAAAGGGGUACUGGGGUGGCUGGUCCGUCUCUUCCGCAAGAAAGUUGAUUCUUUGCUCCUAAAGACCUUGAACAAGAAGAUCUGCAAGAUACUGACCAAUUCUGUGGACACUGACUUGCAGCGUGACAUCCAGACUCUUCCAGUGACAUCCAAAAUAGACAAGGUGGCUGAGAUUGACUACAGUCUGGUGACUGCUCCAAUAACCACAGCUGACAGCCUGGACUUGCCACUGAAGGGGGAGUUUUUCAGUCAGGCCGGCCGCAGCCCACCUCCCUUUGACCCUCCGGUGAUGACCAUUCCCCCUGACCACGACCGCAUGGUGUACCUGGGCGUGUCUGACUACUUCUUCAACACAGCCGGGCUUGUGUACUACCAGGCUGGGGUCUUGAAAUGGAACCUCACCAAAAACAUGCUGCCAAAGCGAUCCACAUUCCACUUGACCACCGAUUUCCUUGGACAGUUCCUACCCCAGGUGUCCCAGGAGUUCCCCAGCAUGGACAUGCAGCUCGUUCUCUCCACCUCUUCACCGCCAUACUUGAUCACACAGCCUACCGGCCUUACCUUCAGCCCUAACCUGCAGGCCCAUGCCUUCGCUGUCCUCCCCAACUCCUCCCUGGCGUCUCUCUUCAUGCUCGGCAUGGGCAUGAACGCACACAUGGAAGUUGGUGCCAACGCUGACAGACUCACGGCAGAGCUCAUGAUGGACAAGCUGCACCUGCAACUGAUACACUCGAACGUCGGCCCCUUCCCGGUGGAGCUGCUGCAGGAUGCCAUGAACUACCUCUUGCCCACUGUGGUGCUGCCCAAGGUCAACAAGAGGCUGCAGAAGGGUUUUCCUCUCCCAAUGCCCAACCGGGUCCAGCUCAGCAACCUGGUGCUUCGCUCUUACCAGGAUUUCCUGUUGCUUGGAGCAGACGUGCACCUUCCCUGAGGUCACCGGGGCUGUACCUGGGGUGGGGACUGUGGCACUUGUUCCUGAGGGGCCGUGGCACAGGCUCCCUUUCUCCAGGGAAUCCCCCACAGACCUUGCAACUUCUCUGAACUCGGACCAGGAAAUGAUCUGAACACGGGGAGUUUGUUCACCAGAAACGUUCAUGGCACACAUUUCAGGGGUUCUAGGCUGCUUUCAAAGCUAGAUUCCACGAUGUGUCCUGCAGGAACUGCAUUUCAGUGGUGGUCAUGGUUUAUCUCUUUGGGCUUCGUAUAAAAAAAAAAAAAAAAAAAAAAAAAAGAAUUUCUUUUUCCU